AUGAUUUUCCCAAACCCAAUAGGAGAAGAAUGGAGCUCUCUUCAUGUCUACCGUGCCAGCUUAGACUCUGAAUUGGCAGAGUCCUCUGGUGCAGCUGUAUCAACCACUGUUGCUGCAGCUGAAUCCCAUCGCGAUGACCCUACCACCGCAGUUUUGACUACUAGUACCUCAGGGCAGGCGGCGUCUGGACAUGUUACUAAUCAUCACCAUGGUCAUCAGAACCAUACCAGUCAUACUGGAAGAGGGCGACCGAAAAAAGUCCGCGAAUCAGAGACUUCCAAUGCAACGGGUAAGUAUUCCUCAUGGUUGCUUGGAGUUCACACCAUAUUUUUCCCCUGA